GGGUGUAAGCAGCAUUUUGUUGCACUUUAAUUAAUUCUCAAUAUUAAGAUUGGUGAAAGUUCGAAAUGUGAAAGCGAAUAAAAUUGUGGUGUUUUAUCGGUGAUCUAUUAACUCUACCGGGGAACAAGUUAAUAAAUAUUAUUGAUCUGUGUUUUAGUGAAACGAAAAAAAUCCAACUCUGACAAGCGAACACGCGAUUUCCAAUAGAGUGUAGUAGUCGAGUGAGAGCACUCAAGCAGUAGCUUAUUACGCACAACACAGAUUUGAUUUUGAAACAUUCCGCCAUAAAUACCAUAAAUUGAACAGAGUUUGAUGAGAUUUUAUCAGCAAGUGCCGAUCAGUAUAUACGGAAAGUACAUAAUAGUAUCCAAAUGGCUUCCAUGCGUGACCUACCGGAUGAGGUCUUGAUACGGAUUUGCAAAAAGUUGAACCGAGAUGUGCAACAAUACUGCUGGGCUAAUGUGUGUAGAUUAUUUCAAUACAUCUACUUUCGGUAUUUUCACGAUUGGGCUGAAGUAAAUGACAAUUUGGCGCAAAAUUUCGGUCAUCUCAUUGGCACCGAUGACUUUCCGCUUAGAAUUAUAAAGACGCUUAAUUUGUCGAAGUCGAAAUGUACGAAACUCUUUCUAAACAAAUUACGCGAUUGCCAUAAGGAGAUUGAAGAGGCGAAACUCUUUUCAUUCACCGAUGAAUUCUUGGCUGAACUUUUACCAUUACCAAAUCUGAAGAAACUGAUCUGCAUCGGAACUUACAAUUUGAGAGGCAGCAGCUUAAUAGAUCUCAACAGUCUCACGGAGCUCCACAUACACACUAAUAAAUUCUUUGAUCCGGAAAACUUGCUGCAAAUAACCUACUACAAUUCACUGAGGACGCUCGUAAUGCCGAACGACCCACAACCGCUUUCGAAUAAGUACGCCUUUGAAAUGGUCGAAAAUCUAAAGAAUGUCGAGGAGCUCGUGAUUGAGUUUAACCCCUGUAAAUCUUGGCAACUGAUCGGCACUCUGCCGAAAUUGAAAAGGCUCGAGCUCUGGGAUUUCGUCAGUCAUGAGUGUGAGCUGUGUUUGGAGGACCCCAAUUCGUACGAAGCAUGCAGAAGCCAACAUGCCAUGCUCUUCUUUGACGAAUUGCGCCGGAGGAAUCAGCUAGAAGAAUUGAUUUUUAGCGACGGUUAUGUCUCUGAGCAGCAUCUCUUGAGAAUUUCGGAGCUGACAAAUUUGCAGCGUUUGAAGUUCUGUAGAGCCUCUUUGCCAGGCUUCCUAUCAUUGGAUGUGUUAAAAAAUUUGAUUAAUUGCCUCGAUGGCUGCAAUAAAAUAAAUGUGGGGGGGUCACUUGAGCUAAUAAGGAGUUGCCAGAAACUGAAAAUUCUGCUCUUUUGGUUUGCUGGCGGCAUAACUGUGAACUUUAUUACGGAGGUAAAUGAUAUCUUAAGUCAAAGACAACCGUCACCGGUUGAACCGUUGACAUUGGGAUUUUAUAAGCACCCUGCUGAAGACUUGUGGAAACUAUCGUUUGAAAAACCGCUUCCAUUUUUAAGAUUUAUGACGCUAACAAGGAAGUUUGUAGAGGCGGAAGAAGAUUACUUGAAAAGAGAAGAGGACAUUGUGAGUCAAACGGAUGUACAGGGCGACUCCCUGAAAAGGAAAUUUUCGAUCAUGAACAUGCUGUCGGAUCAAAAGGAAUUUGAAAUUAAAGUUAAACUAAAGUCAAAGAGCGAGGAAAAGCGCGGAGGCGAAAUGUAACGGUUGACACUU